AUGGAAAAGCUGAAGCAGAAGAUGGAGGUCUCGGACUCGGACCCGGACCCGAUCCCAUCUGAUAUCCUUACAGAUAUAUUCUCUCGACUCCCUGCAAAGUCAAUAUUUAGGUUUCGUUGCGUAUCUAAGUUAUGGAGAUCCAUACUGGGCCUUCCUUAUUUCCCUGAGCUGUUCCUCACCAAGUCUUUAGCUCGUCCAAGGCUCUUGUUUGCCAUCGAAGUUGGUAAAGAUUUAUUAUUCUACUCUGCAUCUCAACCUCAAAAUCCACUUGACAACUCCACUCUUGUAGCCACCCGUUAUAAUAACCCUCCAUCUAAAAUGAGAACAGCGCUUAGUGAAUUGUUGAAAGCCUUGUGUACGAGUUGGUCAUAUCAUGGACGCCCCAAUACUAAUUGGGUUUUGACAUUGGCGAGUAGUGGAGAACCUUUGUGGAGAUCGAUUCCAGGCAAUCCCAAUUUUUCUAUACCUAAUAGAGCAUUCAUAGCUGGUGAAAUAUGCAUAAGUGGUGUUUUGUAUUACAUAGACCAUUACAUUGAAGGAUCAUGUAUGUUAGCUUGCUUUGACUUUAGCUUUGAGAAGUUCAGCUUUGUUAAGAUAGACAAAGCCAUGAAAGAUGGGACUCUGAUCAACUACAAAGGUAAAUUAGGGGUAUUAGUAAAACAUGAGUGUGAACUCGUGUUGUGGGUCCUAGAAGAAGAUGCUGUAAACCAUAAAUGGUGUGCUCUGUUGGCAAAGGAGCCUUUCUACAUUGUCUACUACAAUAUCGAGAGGAACACUUUUGCGAGAGUCAAUAUUCAUAUUCCCGGAUUUGAAGAGCUUCACCAUCGUACAGUUUUUAUUACCACCUCUCUAGACUAUGUCGAGAAUCUCAAGCCGUUGCAAAGUGUCUUCGACCGCUUCAUAACUUGA